AUGAUCUGUUGUUUAGGCAAACUCUACGGCAGCUUAGAAAACUUAAAUGACACAUACUUGCAACCCAACCUCAACAAGGAUCCGUCAAGCUACUCCUACUCUGGGGAGGUAUGCUAUGUGGCUGAUGACCCUAAGGCUAUUUGUCCAAAGUUCCAUAACUUCAUUUCCAAACCCACGACUUAUGUUGCUCGGCUGGCAAUUGCAACCAGCGGCAAGGGAGGUGGGUUUGUGAGAGAGGCUGUGACUUACAUGAUAACGGAUGAUAUGGAAGUGAAGCCUAUGUCUGCCAUUUCAAGUAUCGCUCUGCUUCAAAACUUCGAUGUUAGGGAUGUUCGUUCACUUGAAGAGAUUGUGGUUCCUCUCGAUAAGGAUAAGGGUUUGAAAUUGUUGAAGGACAUCAUUGCAGUCAAAUGCAGUUAUGACAAAUGUGUUCCUUUAAGCAGCAUUUCAAGUUGA